UGUCAGAACCAUGGUCAGAACGCUGAGAGGCAGUGAACAGCAGAGGUCUAUCGUUAGCUCAGCUAUUAGGACAGAGACGUUGAACUGUGAGGACGUUUUGCGGUGAACAUUUCUGAAAGCAAAUGUUAACUUUCGGAUAGUACCGUUUGCUAGACUGUCUAGCGUUUCGGGGGCUAGCUUUCAGUUUACUUACUGGUGUCCUGCGGUGGAAAUAGGAAAAUGUCGUCUCCAAGUCCGGGUAAAAGGCGAAUGGAUACCGAUGUGGUGAAACUCAUUGAGAGCAAGCAUGAAGUCACCAUCCUCAGUGGACUCAAUGAAUUUGUAGUGAAGUUUUUCGGACCACAAGGAACUCCGUACGAGGGAGGCGUGUGGAAGGUGCGAGUAGAUCUUCCUGACAAAUAUCCUUUCAAAUCGCCAUCAAUAGGAUUCAUGAACAAGAUUUUUCAUCCCAACAUUGACGAAGCGUCAGGGACAGUGUGCUUAGAUGUCAUCAACCAGACAUGGACAGCCCUUUAUGAUUUGACCAACAUCUUUGAGUCGUUCCUGCCCCAGCUGCUGGCUUACCCAAACCCCAUCGACCCCCUGAAUGGAGACGCAGCCGCCAUGUACCUGCACCGGCCAGAGGAGUACAAGCAGAAAAUCAAAGAGUACAUCCAGAAAUAUGCAACAGAGGAGGCUCUGAAGGAGCAGGAAGAGGGUGCAGGCGACUCUUCAUCUGAAAGCUCCAUGUCUGAUUUCUCAGAAGACGAGGCCCAGGACAUGGAGUUGUAGUGAUAGCUCCCCCGUCCCGCCUCCACCUUUAACCCCCACAGAGACUAUAUUUGAUUUCCUAACCAUGAGAAAAGCAGACUUAUAAUAUUCAUAUUUAAACAAGUUGAUUUUUUUAUUAUUAUUAUUAUUAUUAUUAUUAUUAUUAUUAUUAUUAUUAUUAUUACUAAACAAGGAUUUUUAUGGAUAUUUAGCCUUUGGUGUGUUUGACAGACACCUCUCUCAUUCUGUAGCUGUUUCUCCCCUACACCGAUGUCGCCAUUGCUUUCAUUACUCUCUCUCCCCGUCAUCUCUGCAUUUUUAAGGUGUGUCAUGUAAGCGUAGGCAGGAAAUCUGCCCGUGAACAUCUCGUUUCUUUACUCAAAUUUCACUUUUUAAAAUAUAUAAAAGUGCAUAUGUUUGACCUGAAUCCUAAUUUGCUUUCUUUUUCCACAAUGCUAAAUGAUUCUGACUGACAUGUUUGUUAGUUGCUCCAUUACAGAGCUGCUAAGGUCUUGCUUGCCUGGGUGUACAACUCUGCAGUAUUAUCCCGCAGUCGAGACUGUUUUAGAGCCAGCCAAACAAAUACAAAAGGUUUAGUGUUAAAAGACGCUCAUAAAUCAACCCUGAAUGCUUCCUGAGCAUAUCUUUUUCAACAUAUUGAUUGAGACAUGUCUGCACCUUGGAUGCUACCUUAGCACGUUCCUUUUUUUUGUUACUCUUUGUUGACCUGCUGCAGCUGCCCGUCUACAUGUGCCGCUGUGCAGCGAAUAUAAAUGCUAAAGUAGGUCAGGUCUUGGAAAACUAAUUAAUGAAAUACAUGUCUCGUUACAGGGCGAGUGACAAUGUGGUGACAAAGACAUGUUGAGGGCUUCUAGUGUUGAUUUGUGGAAACGUACACUAGCUGCAUGAACUGUAUGGAAGACUCGUGCACAGAGGCAAUGAAGACGGAAGUGGUGAAUGUGGAGAUUCUGGUCAGACUCACUUGGUAUGAUGGCAACUGAUACCUUUUACCUUUUUUCUUAACCGUCAUAUGAUUACAUUCUUUCUGGUUUUCUGUCAGGAGGCGCAUCAAACAUUCUCAUCGUGCAGGAUGCUACUGGCUUUCAAUCACCUGUCCUGCUUUUAAAACACAUUUCUCUUUAAUAUUAUUGGUUUUCAGGUAGAGAAAGAAUGUAAUCAUCACCUCUUCUGGUGGAUUUAGAAAACCAGCACCAAAGUCAGUUUUUAACUUUAGGGAAAAGCAACAAAAGUGGUCAUAAUGUUACGGAGUGGAUCUGAGUAAAAAUGAAAUGAUUUAUUGAAGAUUCCAGUUUGCGUAGCAUCGUCCUCACAUUCCACUGAUAGCUGUCUGCUUACCAGGAACUCUAUUUGGAUCAUUAGUUUGAAGAUUAUAAAAUAAGAGCCCGAUGUAUGACAUUUAGGCUUGUAGCAAUUUUUGUUGAGGGGAUUUAAUUUCAUCUGGAUUGGAUUUCUUAUUUAAAAAAUAAAACAAAACUGGUUUUAUUCAUUUUUGAUUCAAUGUGGCAUCAAAUGUAAAUCCAUGAUGCGUGGAAAGAAAUUUUAAUCUCUUUGACCUUUAGGCUGUUUUUCCGUCUUUUUAUUUCCUGUAUAUUCUUUUUGCCCGAUUGGGGGGGGGGGGGGUCAAACAUGUUUGCAUUUUUUUUUGUGUGUGUGUGUACAGCAUCUACCUUGUACAGUGAUGAGACACCUCUCUGUAGCCUCGUGAAAACUCUGUGUUGAACCCAAAACACUGACCGAGUGUUGCUUGUCGAGGCUAACAUGGCACUCAAACUACCUAGAAAAAAAAAAAUGAAACCUUGAAAUGUAUUCACUUCAUAGAUUGCAGUAAGAAUCACUGGCUGCUUUGUGGCAGAUUGUGGAUCCUAAGUGGGACAUUGAAAGCUGAAUCAUACUUGAAAGGUCACCUUAUCACGUCUGAUCUCAACCCCUUUGUCUGUGCCUCAUCACAAAAAGGACAGGUGACCAUUGAAGAAGCCCCCAAAAACCAUGUUUCUAAAAAAAAAGCCAUGAAGGUCAAAAGUAAUUCUCUUUCUGCAAUGUGAUUCUGUGUAAGUUGUGAUUGUACAUCUUAAUGUUUCACUCUGUCGCAAAUCAGGGGAAUUACCCAGCGCUGAGUGGCAUCGGGUUUAUUUGAGCUAAUCUAGGAUUGUUAGACUUUUCUGGCUCAGGUUUGAAAUACAGUUUGGUGGCAUCUUGCAUAGUGAGCAACAUUUUCACCCGGGACGUAUUGAAAGGAUGGAGAUCAUACUAAUAUUUGUUGAACUGUGUUUAUGACAGGAUAGUUAGUUUCGCUGGGUGUUGACUUCAACUUAACAACAUUUGCUAUAUGGCUGUAAUACAGAUAGUUAGCUAGUUUGGUAUACUUACCUGAUAAAGCAUUACUUUACAUCUGAUUUUUAGUUAGUGUCUGUUGUGUGGUUAAAUGUAAGAUGCUCCAUAGACAUGCCUGCUUGUCCUCUUCUUGCAGAUUCAGAGUUGUACAGAUGAGUGUGAGUGAUUUCAAACUGUGGGGUGAUGUUUGACCUAUAGAGAGAGAGAGAGAGCCUGAUACAGCAAUCAAAAGUGUGCUUCAGACCUUUUUAAGACUUUGGAUUUUCUCCAAAAAAACAACAAUUCUGUGCUCAUAAUUAUCACCGCGUAUGAAUCGCGAUUUUAGAACAGAGACACUUCCUUCAUUUUUAUUUUUUAGUUUUUUUAUAUCCAAUAUUUUCCCCGAAGAGUUUCUCUCAUCCAGCCCGGGGAGGUUUUGAAUGUUCGCUCGGGGGGGUUAGCUUCCAGCAGGAUGCAGCCAUUUGAACUGUUGCAGAGCUAACUUUUGUGACAUGUUUUAAGGCGAUAUAAAGCUAUGUGAAUGUUUUCCUGUGUUCAAGAUGUUUGUGGUGACGUUUGUGAUCCACAUUCACUCAAAAGGAACAAAUCUGCACACUAUGCAGAUCCCCACUCUCACAAUUGGCUUGUGCCUAUACAUAUUUAUUUAUUCAUUAAAGAGACCUCCCUUUUUUAAUCUUGGCUAUCAAACGCCACUGUUACAAUAUCACACUGAUGAGAACUUGAUCUUGAGUUUUUGUUUUUGUUUUUAAGCCAUUCAGAUUGGAAUUCUUGUUUUACCUUACAUUUGUGCAGUAUUGUACUUGAGUGCUGAAAAUACAGUAUAUCCGCGUUGAGAAUUGUAAUAAAAUAGCACAUUAUGAUGCAAUGGUGCAACAGGGAACUAAUGCUAUUGUCUUUUUCAAAAGAAGACUUUUGUGUUUGGGUAGAAUCAUAGGUUUGGUAUCAGUUUGAUAUUAUUUGCGUCUGCUGGGCAAUAAAUCGAUGAUAUACUCGGCUGUGGCCUGGUGUUGCUCUGGUAAACAUGACAACCAUCUGAUUUCACUGCCCUCCAUUUUGCUCCUUUUUUUUUUAUUAUUCAAGGUCAAUAGAAGUAAUUACUGCCUUUGUGUUUCAGGUUGUCUUUAACUCGAGUCAAGAACUAAAGAGAACUUCCUCAAACCAGUGAAUGAUUAUGCGUCCCAUUGCAUCUUGAAUUCUAAACUAUUUUUGAAAAAGUCUGGAAAAACAAGUUUAUUGUGCUUUUUUUAUUUCCUUUUGGCUUCCUCCCCUCCUCCUCCUCGUCUGCUUUAAGACCAUACAUAUAACAAAAGUCUGAACUACACACAGUUUUGACUCCAGAGAACCACAUUGACAUGAUUGGCGUGGCCUCAAAAUUCUAACUCCAGACCUGCAGAGAAGCUCCAGCGCAGAGCCAUAGCCACACACACACACACACACACACACACACACACACACACACACACACACUCCCCCACACCCUGCCAGAUACAGUAAGGAUGAAGGGCCUCAGCUAAGCGAAUGGACUGGUCUAUCACUAAUAAAUAGACAGGACGUCCAGGGUCCAUCCUCCGCGUUAUCAGCACUGCUGCAGAGAGCCAGCUCCCUGAUCCUGUAAUAUCACCAACCCCCGUGUGUUGACUGUCUCCUUGUGCACUUGCAUGCUUCUGGUGUGGAGUCGAGGCUCGCUUGGUGCACACCUCCCACCCCCAGUCUUGUGCUUGUGUGGAUUUGUGCCCUGUGCUGGCCAACUGCUGCCAUCUGGGGAUUUAGCAGGCGCACACAGCAUGGAAAAUGGCAGUUCUUUUUUUUUUUUCAAUAGAAACUAUGUAUGUGUUACCUAGUGUGUGAUACUUGAGGGUUAAAAGUCAAAAGGUUUAUUUUGUUUUGGUUUUUGAAAAGUCCAUCCUUGGUCUUAUUUUUAUCACCCUCUUUGCCCUCCUCUUGUUUUUCUUUGCAUUGUGAAGUGGGCAUGCUUGUCAAAAAGACAAAUGCUCUCUAUUAAUAGGCUUAUAACCUCAUAAAUAGUUGUGUAUAAAAUAAACUGUUAUAACUUCUUUUUUUAAUAAAACAUUCAAUGUGUAUAAAAGGU